CACUGUGGCAGCCCUGUUGCUUAUGGCAGCACUGAACACUGAACAAUAACAAAUUGAAAAAAAGAAUAAAGAAACUAAAGAAGAAAGGAAGAUACUUCACUUCCGGUUUUGAUAUAAAGCGAACAACGUUGUUUUCUCUAGCGAAAAAAAUAGAAUCUUCAACCAUCACUAAACACACCAGGAAAUCUUGGAAUUUAUAACAUCAGGUGUGAGCUCAAGACCAGACUACAAUUAAAUCAAAUUAUAUUUCACAAGUUCUGACAUUAUGGCCGAUAUUCGAGACGAAAUAAUCAAAUCGCUCACCGAGUUGGGCGUGGAUUCUCCUCAUACAGCCACAAUCGGCCAAUUGCGCCGUCUUUUAAGGGAUGUGGUCGGAGAUGGGGCAAGCAAUAUAUCCAUCACCACCGAUUCAACCGAAAUUGCCUCCCAGGCAGAUACUGCCGCUGCUGCCGAAAUCACCGAAAUGGUCACUACUUCUGCCGUUGUAAACGCUAUUACAACCCCUAUUUCUACUGCCGUUGCCGAUACUAUUACCACCGCUGCUACUGCCGUCACCGCCGCCACCAAUACUAUUGCCACCACCACUGCCGCUAACGCUGCUGCCGUUACCAAUAUCAUUGCCGUCACCACCGCCGCUAACGCCACUGCCGUCACCAAUGCCUCUGCCGUCACCACUGCCGCUGCCGUCGCCACUGCCGCUGCCGUCACCACUGCCACUACCGUUGCUGCUGUCUCCGAUACCACUGCCGCUACUGCCUCAUUUGUAGAUACCGCCGUUGACACUAACUACAAUAAUAAUACGAUUGACCUUGCCGCCAAUCCCGGUGCCACGGGUAUAAACAAUAUCGAUAACGAACUAACUGCAUUACGUAAAAGAGUUGAAAUGUUGCGGCUAAUGAAGGAAAUCAACGAUUUGGGGGGCAGUGCUGGCUCAUCACAACAACAACGACGAUUAGAUUAUGGAGAUAUUGAGCACGCACUCCCAAAAUUUAGCGGAGAUGACAUCUCAAUGUCCAUCACGGAUUUUAUUCGAGAUUUUGAGGAGGUUACUGAGGCGUCAGGGGCAGACGAUCGUUUCAGAUUGGUAGCACUCCGCCGUUGUUUGACCGGUACAGCUAAAGUUUUCUUAUCAUCUACAACAGCUCUAAAUUAUGGAGCACUUAAAAAAGCUCUAGAGAUGGAGUUUAGUGUACCAGUCACCAGAAAUGAAGUUUAUAAAAUGUUAGCACAACGGCGCUGGGACAAGAAAAAAGAAUCAUUGCACUGCUAUGUACUAGCUAUGCAGGCCAUAGCAAAGCGGGCAAAGGUGGAAGAACAAGAGGUAAUCGAGUUUGUAAUCGAUGGAAUAAGGAACAUUGUGCCCAAUGCACACUUGCUGCUACCUGCCAGGACCCUUGCCGAACUAAAAACAUUAAUUCGAAGGUAUGCGAGGAAAUAUUUGGUGAGCGACGUGGUGGCCACAACAGGACGCCGGCAAGCUACAAAGACGGUCGAGGACGCCAAACAAAAAUGUUACAACUGCUCGAGAGAUGGGCAUAUCAAGCCCAACUGCCCUUACCCAUUAAGACCAGACGGGUCCUGCUUUCGUUGUUGGCGAAUGGGCCAUGACCAUCGCUCAUGCCCGAAUCCAGCAAAAAUCCUCAAACCAAAAACGCAGGUUGCAUCAGUAAUGGAAGGCGGAGACGAUGAGUCUUACGAUGUAAAUACAUAUAACUUUGUGAGUAUUAUAUUCAAGCUAGAGUCAAAGAUUUUUUCUGUAGAAGUUUUUUCUUUAUUUGAUACCGGUAGUCCGGUUAGUUUUAUUGAUGGUCACGGGUCCCAAAACAACUGGUCGAGUACAAGAAUUUUCAAAAUACGAACACGCCCAAAUACAAAGGAAUUGGGGGCAAUCAAAUAAAUAUUAUUUCAAAAAUUAAAUGCCU